UCGAUUUUAAAGGAGGGUGUGUCUCUUCGAGAAAUCGCCGUCAGUUUGUCACUGCUGAUUUUUAUUCCUUCCCUUACCUUUUUGUUUUAAGUGUUUGCUCCUACCCGUCUGUUUUCUAAACUUCAGUCAGCUCAGGUUAUGUUGGAGAGGAGGUGAAAGGGUUCUUCAGGAGUCUCCCUACUCUCAACAGAUUCCUUGCGUUUGUUUUAAAGAAUACACCAGUGGAGUCAAUCUGGUAUUUUGAGUUUAUUCCACCAUGGGGGACAUGAUUUCUAGUCAUCUGGAUGAAGCCAAACGGGAGAUUAUCACAGCUCGGACCAGGGAGGUGAUGGGGGAGUUUGGCUGUCUGUAUGAGCAGCAGCAUGCAGUGGCUCUUUUCAACAAAGUUCGCUUUGACAUAGAAGGAGGAGGUGGCCCACAACCCCAGCUGCUACACCGCAAGAUUCCUCUGGAGAACAAAUCCAUCUUCUCUGGCUCACUCUUUCAGUAUCUGGAGGAGAACAAAAAAUGGAGGAACCGCUUCCUCUUCGUUCCAGAUUCCUACAACAUCAACUAUUAUGACAGCAAAGCGUCCCAUGACAGACUCCUCCAUCCCAAAGGAACCAUCAACUGUGCCGGCUACAAAGUGCUGACAUCUAUGGAGCAAUACCUGGAUCUGUUCAGCAACAGCCUCCCUGGUAUGAAAGCCAAGGUGGGAAAUUCCCCCUUCCUUAAGUGUGCCACCCAGUUCCCUCUGAUCCUCUGGCACCCUUACGCCCGUCACUAUUACUUCUGUGUGAUGACAGAGAAAGAGCAGCAGAAGUGGCACGCUGUCCUCCAGGACUGUGUCAGACACGCCAAUAAUGGUUUGUCAGAAGAGAAUAAAGUCCAAACACCAGCCUUCACUGAUGCAGUACGACUCUACCGCCAAGCUCAAGGGCACUAUGGCACCUGGGAGAUGAUGUGUGGUGUACCAGCCCAGAUCCUGUCUAACCUGGUGAUGGAGGUCCUCCUCCCUGAGCUGAGGGAGCUCAUCUCUCCCCGCCUCAAAGGCAAACUACAUGAGAGGCAGAGAAACUGGAUGCUGAUUAGUGAUGUGGUGUAUAGCCUGGUGCAGGGACAGUGCCAGGCCUGGUAUCAGGCAGUGUUGCAGAAGUGUGACGCGGCCUGCUCCUCUCUGGAGGCCUCCAUACGAACAGACAUGGACCAGAUCAUUACCUCCAAGGAACACGUCACCAACAAGAUCAGAGAGGUGCUUCUCCCCAAGUCUGAAAAGCUGCUGAAGGUGAGCAUCCAGCCCUACAUCAGCUCCAUUCUGGACGCCCUGAUGGAGCCGACCAGCCGAGGUUUCACUGAAGUGCGCGAUGUGUUCUUCAGAGAGCUGGUGGACAUGAGCAAGAACACCCUCAAUGAGGGCACAAAGGAGACCAUGGCCCAGGACAUGGAGAAGAUCUCCAUGCUCGCCUUCCAUCCGGUGAAGAUGCAGAGCUGCUAUGAAAAGGUUGAGCCGCUGAGCCUGGAGGGUCUGCAGCAGAGGUUUGAUGUCUCCAGCCCUUCAGUGUUCGUCCAGAGGGCCCAGAUCCUCAUGAGAGAGCAAAUGGACCAUGCAGUGUAUACAUUCGAGCAGAUCCUUCACAAGAGUCUGGAGUCUCCGGGUACAGAGGAGCUCUGUAAGACCAUCCAGCGCUGCCAGGACAGAGUCAUUAAGAAAUUUGACUAUGACAGCAGCACAGUGCGGAAGCGUUUCUUCCGCGAGGCUCUCCUCCAAAUCUUCAUCCCCUACAUGCUGAAGCAGCUCAGCCCUUCCUGUGCCUCGGAGCUGCCACGCUUCCAGGAGCUUAUCUUCGAAGACUUUUCCCGUUUCAUUCUGGUGGAGAACAUCUUUGAAGAGGUGGUGCUGCAUUCGGUCAUGAAGGACAUCAUGCUGGCUGUGAAGGAGGCGGCGGUCCAGAGGAGACACAACCUGUACAGGGACAGCAUUGUCCUCAGCAACAGCGACCCCAGCCUGCACCUACUUGGAGAAAACCCCUCCAUCGACUGGGCCGAAGAGUACGGAGGAGCCCAUGAAGAGAAGGAAGGAGCAGGGAAGGACACUGAGGGUGAAGGUGGGGAGUCCCAGAAGAGGAGGAGGAUGAAGCAGGUGGUGUCCAUGAUCCAGGUGGAAGGCUCCCCAGUCCUGCUCAACGAGUCGUGCAUGGAGGUGUCCGGUGUCAACGACAUCCCAGAGAAUGAUGGAGAGGAGAAGGACGGAGAUGGGGAGGAGAACUCGGAUGGUAAAGCAUUGGCCAAUCAGAAUGGAUCUGCAAAUCCCAACGCCAUCGAGAACCCUCCAGAAUUGUCAAAUGUAAAAUCUGUCGUGACGGAAGAGGAAGCCAAACCAGACGAGCAGGGUGAAGAGAAAGUCCCACUGAAGGUUGAAUCUGCUGUAGUGGAGAAGUAUAAGGGAAGUGACAGCCAGCCUGUGGUGGAGAAACAACUGCCCACCAACCAGGAGGUGUCAGAGGAGGCAAUGCCUCUGCCCCCACAACCUGAGGAAAUCCCAUCUGGAGCUCUAGAAACGGCUCCAGAGAGCCUCCCGGAGGCGACGUCAGGCUUCCCCUUGCCUCCACAUGACGACAGUGGCUUUCAGUCUCCCACCAAUGAAGAGGCAGAGGACGAGGAGGAUGAUGUGGCCUCCCGCAUAGCGGUCCCAGAGCCCUCAGAGAAGCACCCUGAGGUGAGGGAGACGAGUGUUGCCACAGAAGCAGAGACUAAAACAGUGACCAAAACCAGUGACUCUGAAACUAGAGCCCAAUGAUGGAAUGAUUUCCAUUUGUUAGACCUAAACUUAAUUCUGCCCGGUUAUAUUUUUGUUAGUUUUUAUGUUUAUUUGACAAAUAUUAAAAGAUACUUCAUGCUUUUUUAUCCAUAUUAGUUUGUAGUUUCAAGCACAGUAAUCACUCAGCAGAUUGUUUUCACCGAGCAGGACUCAGGUGCUGUGGUCAUAUUGUUAAAUAUUGUUUUUCUGUAUAAUUUUGACAACUUUGCAUCUGACAGAAAAUCCUCAGCCCUUUCAGUCCUCAUACGUUCCACACUGGUAGAAAUGUGAGCACAGUGGAGGACCUAGAGUCUGUAAUGGUGUGUUUAUAAACGCGUGACAAGUUGCAAGAACACCCCAGUUGAGGUGCCUUUGGUGAAAAACAUGUACAUUGAUUUAACGAUCUCAUUGAACUGUGAUGCCUUAAAUAACUUUUAUCAAGUAGAUUUAUUUUUUUGCAUUUGUGGGUGUGAAUACAGUUUUUGGAAGCUAUUAUAUACUGAAAACUCACUUAUUGGUUAACAGAAAAUGCCUUCCCAGAAUGUGGGAAAGUCUCAAAGUAGAUUUUAUUUUUCCAUAUCAGACUGGCAUUAAAAUUAAUUAAUUGUACUCUCUUAAGACUUGACCAUUUAUUUUGUGUUGGUCGGAAUUACACAAACAAAGUAGAAAGUAAGCUUGUCUAUAUUAUGUAUAAAUACUUCUAUGGACCGGUGAAAUACAAAAUUGUCAAUUUACAUAAUUUCAUAAGUGCCUUAGCGGAUCUCUCACCCCUAUUUUAUUUAUUAUUUUGCACCCUUUCUCUUUUUUGACCAUUGUACUUUUAGAUUUAUUUUACUCUUGUGUGUUUACAAAUGACUUUUAUUGAUGAUAAUAAAUCAUUAUCAAUUAUCA